AUGGACGAAGUAAUUGAAGAUGCUCCAGACACGCAAGAUGUGGCUCUGGAGACUCCUGCCGCCCACGUUUUCAUCCCCCCUUCAAUACACAACCCAAAAGUAGUGUCAGGAGACAGCUAUACCCACCAUUCCGCCAUUCCGCCAACCAUCAAGAAUGAUAUGACCACGGAAUGCGUGCUGGGUGUAGACGAAGCAGGCCGUGGUCCUGUACUCGGCCCAAUGGUCUACGCACUAUACUAUCUGCCAACAACUCUGCAUAGAUCGUUGCUAGCCGAUACGCACAAGUUCGACGACUCCAAAGUCCUUACCCCGGCAGUGCGCUCGGAGCUUAUGGAAAAGAUAUGUACAUCAGACACAGAUCUAUAUCGGAACUGCGGGUGGGCGACCAGAUCAUUAUCCGCCAAGGACAUCUCUUCUGCUAUGCUCAGGCCACAUGGAGUCUACAACCUCAACAAUCAAGCCAUGGAUGCGACGAUCGACCUCAUUCAGCAGGUCCUGGAUUCUGGCGUCAAUAUCCGAGAAGUCUACAUCGACACGAUCGGCAAGCCGGAGGUCUACCAGAAGAAGCUGGAGAAAAUCUUUCCAGCUCUCAACAUCACGGUUGCGAAGAAAGCUGACAGUUUGUAUCCUUGUGUCUCUGCGGCUUCGGUCUGCGCCAAGGUCACCAGAGACGCUGCGCUCGAGGUCUUGUAUACAGCAUUCGCAGGCGAUGGCGCCACGACUGAAAUGGAAUGGGGUUCUGGCUAUCCUUCUGACGCACGAUGCUCGAAUUGGCUGAAGGCGAAUAUGGAUCCCGUCUUUGGUUGGGGUAAUGAAUGUCGUUUUAGCUGGGGCACGGCGAAAGAGAUGCUUGAAGCGAAGGGCGCGCCAUGCCGUGUUGACUGGCCAGAUGCCGGCGAUACAGACACCGAUAAUCUCAAGUUGACAAGUUUCCUUCUCGGGGCACAAGAGGAUAAGGAGGAUGAGCUUGCCACUUGGUUCGGGCGUCGAGUGACGGAAGAGCUUUUUUGA